GGUGCUGGGGGGAGCGGCCGCAGCGCGCCCGGGGCGAGGGGCCGCGCACAAAGGCGGCGGGAGCGGGGGACACGGAGCUGCGGCCCGGCGGGGCGGGGGGCACCGGGAGGGACUCCCAGCGGCCGCGGUGAGCGGCGCUCUCGGGGCUUCGCUCUCCGCCGGGGCCCGAGUAGCGGCCGUGGGGUCGACGCCGCGCGGGCCAGGCCGCGCUCCGGAGCAGCCGCCGCUGCCUCUUCCCCCCACCCCCAACGGGCCCUCCCCGGUCCGGCCCCGGCGCCCCCGCACAAAGGCGCGGGCGGGGCGGGGCAGCCGCGCCCCCUCCCCUGCCCGGGCCGGGCGGACUCUUUUCCCAGCCCCGGCCCCCCCGCGGACGCGCACGGAGCGCGGCGGCUGUGGAGAUUGUUCGGAGCACGGAGCGGAGCGGCCGCCCCGGCCGGGCCAUGGCCGAGUUCCUGCCCCCGCCCGAGUGCCCUGUCUUCGAGCCCAGCUGGGAGGAGUUCGCCGACCCCUUCGCCUUCAUCCACAAGAUCCGGCCCAUCGCCGAGCAGACCGGCAUCUGCAAGGUGCGGCCGCCGCCGGACUGGCAGCCUCCAUUCGCAUGCGAUGUCGACAAGCUUCACUUCACACCGAGGAUCCAGAGGCUCAAUGAACUGGAGGCCCAAACUCGUGUAAAGCUGAAUUUCCUGGACCAGAUUGCGAAGUUUUGGGAGCUUCAAGGAUGCACACUGAAAAUUCCACAUGUGGAGAGGAAGAUCUUGGAUUUAUUUCAGCUUAACAGACUAGUGGCAGAACAAGGAGGAUUUGAUGUUGUUUGCAAGGAGAGAAAAUGGACCAAAAUAGCCACAAGGAUGGGCUUUGCUCCUGGCAAAGCCGUGGGCUCGCACAUCCGCGCGCAUUACGAGCGAAUCCUCUACCCCUACAACCUGUUCCAGUCGGGAGCGAGUCUCUUGUGCCUGCAGAAGCCAGAUCUGAGCAGUGACACGAAGGACAAGGAGUACAAGCCCCACGACAUCCCGCAGCGGCAGUCGGUGCCGCCGUCGGAGAGCUGCCCGCCCGCGCGCCGUGCCAAGCGCCUGACGCCCGAGGCAACCAAUGUUAAAACUGAGACUGACCCUCCAGAAGCCAGAACUCACAAUCUGAGACGCAGAAUGGGCUGUGCCCCUCCAAAGAGUGAAGGUGACAAGGAAAUGCGCAGUGUGGUGAAACUCCCUGAGAAGAAAGAACUUUCUGGGGAGCCAGAGAAGGACAAAUCCAAAGUCAGAUCUAAAAAACCCACCAAUGCUGUGGAUUUGUACGUGUGUCUCCUGUGUGGCAGUGGGAAUGAUGAGGACCGGCUCCUGCUGUGUGACGGCUGUGAUGACAGCUACCACACCUUCUGUUUAAUUCCACCCCUCCACGAUGUUCCCAAAGGGGACUGGAGGUGUCCCCAGUGUCUGGCUCAGGAGUGUAACAAGCCUCAAGAAGCCUUUGGGUUUGAACAAGCAGCACGAGACUACACCCUCCGCACGUUUGGGGAAAUGGCUGAUGCCUUCAAGUCAGACUAUUUUAACAUGCCAGUACACAUGGUCCCCACUGAGCUGGUUGAAAAAGAAUUUUGGAGACUUGUCAGCACCAUUGAAGAGGACGUGACAGUGGAAUAUGGAGCUGACAUUGCUUCGAAGGAGUUUGGCAGUGGCUUCCCAGUUAGAGGUGGGAAGUUUAAAGUUAGGCCAGAAGAAGAGGAAUACCUUGAUAGUGGCUGGAAUUUAAACAACAUGCCUGUGAUGGAGCAGUCUGUGCUUGCUCACAUCACUGCAGACAUCUGUGGGAUGAAAUUGCCCUGGCUGUACGUAGGAAUGUGCUUUUCCUCAUUUUGUUGGCAUAUAGAAGACCAUUGGAGCUAUUCCAUUAACUAUCUGCAUUGGGGGGAGCCUAAAACGUGGUAUGGAGCCCCAGGGUACGCAGCUGAGCAGCUGGAGGAUGUAAUGAAGAAACUUGCUCCAGAGCUAUUUGAGUCCCAGCCAGAUCUCUUGCACCAACUUGUCACCAUAAUGAACCCGAACACUUUGAUGGCCCACGGGGUGCCUGUGUACAGAACCAACCAGUGUGCUGGGGAGUUUGUGAUCACCUUUCCCAGAGCUUACCACAGCGGCUUCAACCAGGGCUUCAACUUUGCUGAAGCUGUGAACUUCUGCACCGUGGACUGGCUGCCCCUGGGCCGGCAGUGCGUGGAGCAUUACCGGCUGCUCAACCGCUACUGCGUCUUCUCCCACGAUGAGAUGAUCUGCAAAAUGGCUUCCAAAGCAGAUGUCCUGGACGUUGUGGUGGCAUCUACAGUCCAGAAAGACAUGGCUAUUAUGAUUGAAGAAGAGAAGAGGUUGCGUGAGAAGGUUGACAAACUGGGAGUGACUGACUCAGAGAGGGUGACGUUCGAGCUGUUCCCUGACGAUGAGCGACAAUGUCUGAAGUGUAAAACCACCUGCUUCAUGUCAGCAGUUUACUGUCCCUGCAAACCUGGCUUGUUGGUGUGCUUGUACCACAUCGAGGACCUUUGUUCCUGUCCCACCUACAAAUACAAACUGGGGUACCGCUACACCCUGGAGGAGCUGUACCCGAUGAUGAACGCGCUCAGGAUGCGCGCAGAGUCCUACAACGAGUGGGCUUCCAACGUCAACGAGGCCCUGGAGGCAAAGAUCAGCAACAAAAAAAGUCUCAUCAGUUUUAAGGCUUUGAUAGAAGAAUCAGAAAUGAAAAAGUUCCCAGACAAUGACCUGCUGCGACACCUCCGGCUGGUGACACAGGACGCAGACAAAUGUGCCUCGGUGGCCCAGCAGCUGUUGAAUGGCAAGAGACAGACCAGGUACCGCUCCGGGGGAGGGAAGUGUCAGAACCAGCUGACGGUGUACGAGCUGCGGCUCUUCGUGAGGCAGCUCUAUGCCCUGCCCUGUGUCCUCAGCCAGACACCGCUGCUGAAGGAUCUCCUUGACCGCGUGGAAGCUUUCCAACAGCAAAGUCAAAAGCUGCUUUCUGAAGAGAUGCCCAGUGCUGCCGAGCUGCAGGAGCUGCUGGACGUCAGCUUUGACUUUGACGUGGAGCUGCCGCAGCUGCCGGAGCUGCGGACGCGGCUGGAGCAGGCGCGCUGGCUGGAGGACGUGCAGCUGGUGUGUGCGGAGCAGGGCUCGCUCACGCUGGAUGACAUGAGGCGCCUCAUCGACUCCGGCGUGGGGCUCGCGCCCUACCCCGCCGUGGAGAAGGCGAUGGCGAAGCUGCAGGAGCUCCUCACCGUGUCCGAGCACUGGGAUGACAAAGCCAGGAACCUGAUAAAGGCCAGGCCCCGGCAGUCCCUGAGCAGCCUGGCAGCAGCAGUGAAGGAGCUGGAGGAGAUCCCAGCCUACCUCCCAAACGGAGCAGCGCUGAAGGACGCGGUGCAGAAGGCCAAGGACUGGCUGCAGGAGGUGGAGGCGCUGCAGGCUGGGGGCCGUGUGCCCGUGCUGGACACGCUGGCGGAGCUCGUCACCAGAGGCCGCUCCCUGCCGGUGCACCUGGAUCAGCUGCCCAGGCUGGAGGCCCUGGUGGCCGAAGUGCAGGCGUGGAAGGAGUGUGCAGCAAACACGUUCCUGUGCGAGAACUCUCCCUAUUCCCUUCUGGAGGUGUUGUGCCCCUGGUGUGACAUCGGGAUGCUCAGUCUGAAGAGGAAGCAGAAGAAGCUGAAGGAGCCAGUGCCAAGUAGCAAGAAGAAGAGCAGUAAGCUGGAGACACUGAGCGACCUGGAGCGGGCACUGUCUGAAAGCAAGGACACUGCGUCUGCGAUGGCCACACUGGGAGAGGCGCGGCUGCGGGAGAUGGAGGCGCUGCGCGCGCUGCGAGCGGCCAACGAGGGGAAGGUGCUGUCGAGCGAGGAGGACGCCGAGCUCAAGGUGUGCGUGUGCCAGAAGGAGCCGGUGGCUCCCAUGAUCCAGUGUGAGCUCUGCAGGGGCUUCUUCCACACCGGCUGCGUGCCGGUGCCCGGUGCCGCGCCGGGGCCGCGCGUGUGGCUGUGCCCGCACUGCCGCCGCUCCGAAAAGCCGCCCCUGGAGAAGAUCCUGCCGCUGCUGGCGUCCCUGCAGCGCAUCCGCGUCCGGCUGCCCGAGGGGGACGCCCUGCGCUACAUGAUCGAGAGAACUGUGAACUGGCAGCACAGAGCACAACAAAUGUUGUAUUCAGGGAAUCUAAAACGCAUCCACGACAAAGUUGGCUCAGGAUUACUGCACAGCAGGUGGCAAGCCUUGGCGGGCCAGCUGCCAGAGACAAACAAGGUGUCCCAGACAAUUGGAGCAAUGUCAUUCUCCAUGCCUCAUGACUGGGAUAACAGAACCGUGUAUUUGCAUUCUCCAUUCUCUACAGGACAGCACUGCAUCCCACUUCAUGUCAUUAGUACUGAGCUGGAUGAGCUGAUGAUGGAAGCCCAGCUGCUGCAGGUUUCUUUGCCUGAGAUCCAGGAGCUGUACCAGGCCCUGUUCACGAAGCAGAGCCCUGCCCUGCAGCCGGAGCAGAGAUCACCCAGCACAGCCACAAGUGAGAAGAAUGAGUGUUGCCGAGGGAAAAAGGAUGGGAUUAGUUACAUGGAGAGAAAACUGAAGCGGCGUUUUGAGAGAGAGAACUUCUGUGGUGAGAAGAGAGCGAGAGUAAAAAAAAUGAGAACACCCAAAAAGAAGAAACUGAAACUGAAUCACUCGAAGGAUCUGUGCAGUAACAAACUGGAGAGAGAGCGGGAGCGGCUCCUGGAGCUGCAGCGUUCCAGCGACAGCCACUUGCUGCCCUCAGACACGUCGUUCUCAGAGCAGGAGGACUCUGAGGAUGAGGAUGCCAUCUGCCCAGCCGUGAACUGCCUCCAGCCCGAGGGGGAUGAGGUCGACUGGGUCCAGUGUGACGGCAGCUGCAACCAGUGGUUCCACCAGGUGUGUGUGGGCAUCUCCCCGGAGAUGGCAGAGAAGGAGGAUUACAUCUGCGCCAGCUGCGCCGGCAAGGACGCCCAGUACCGAAAGUGAAACCCCAGAAACCCUCCAGGACUCGAGUAAAGAAGGUUCCCAGUUUUCCAGUUAAGCCACAGGGGCUGGUUUAAGAACCAGAUUGCAAAUGGUGCUACUUCUAUCCUUAUGGGAUCAUUUUCCAGAACUCAAAACAAUUUUUGACACUUUUGUAUUUUCCCUUGAUCUGUUUGUGGUUGUUGAGGUUUGAGAUGCUGACUGUUUGCAGGGGUUUCCACCGAUUGGGAAGAGAUUUGACACAUGCACCUUUAUUGUACAGCAUUCAGUUACCUCUGGGAUUUACCGGCGUAUUUAAUUCAGCUUGGUUUGGGUGCAAAAACAAACAAAAAAACCCCUGCACCAUGAAUUUUCCAAUAAUCCUCUUUUGAGGAAAUCCCUGUUUACUCUGUUAACUCUUUGGAGACUUUAGUUUUUUUCCACUUUGUUUUUCGUAGACUAGGUUUAUUUAUCUGAGCAAUAACUUCUAUGUCUGGUUUCAGUGACUGGAAUGACAGCUGAACAGCGUGUUGCUUCUAGCAUUGGUUGAUGUACAGACAGCAAAUGUUAGAUCCUAGUGUCACUGAGGGCCUGGUGAUGUAGAAGACAGGAAAAAAAAAUCUGUAAAGUAAUUGCCACAGCUGUAUUUUGGCUUUCUCCUUUUUUGGGUAGCUUGUAUCAAAUGUUGCAGUUUAUAUUGUGGAAUAAACCCCUGGUUAUGUUAUAAAAUUAAAUGUUGUUGUUUUUUA